AUGGUGGACAUGCUGGAAGCUCAUUCGCUGGGGCUGCUGGAGGGGGCGUGUCUCGCCAAAGUGGAGCUGAGGGUCACGUGUAAAGGCGUCCAAGACCGAGACCCCAGGACCAAACCAGACCCCUGCGUGGUCCUCAACACCAAGACCCGAGGCCACUGGACCGAGGUGGAUCGGUCUGAGGUGGUCCGGACUUCCAUGAACCCGUCCUUCUCGAAGGUCUUCACUCUGGACUUCUUCUUCGAGGAGGUCCAGAGGCUUCGCUUCGACCUUUACGACGUGUUCGGGCCUCGAGACUCCGACUUCCUCGGCUCUGUGGAGUGCACCCUGGCCCAGAUCAUCUCUCAGAGGAAAGUGUCCAAGGCUUUGCUCCGGCCCGGAGGAACCGUCAGCAAGACCAUCGUCACGAUUUCUGCAGAGGAGUUGACGGGAAAUGAUGAUUAUAUUGAACUUUCAUUCAGCGCAAGAAAACUGGACGACAAAGAUUUUUUCACAAAGUCUGAUCCUUUCCUGGAGAUUUAUCGAAUCAACGACGACGCCACACUGCAGCUCGUCUACCGCACCGAGACGGUGAUGAAUAAUCUGAAUCCUGUUUGGAAAACGUUCAAAGUUUCUCUGAACUGUUUAUGCAGCGGAGACCAACACCGAAAACUACAGUGCACGGUCUGGGACUGGGACUCCAACGGGAAACACGAUUAUAUCGGCGAAUUUGAGGCGACGUUCAACGAGAUGAGAGGAGCCAGCGAAGGACGACAGGUGCAGUGGCCGUGCAUCAACCACAAAUAUAAAGUGAAGAAGAAAAACUACAAGAACUCAGGGAUCGUCAUCCUCAGUCAGUGCAAGGUGAUUAAGAUGCACUCGUUUGUGGAUUACAUCAUGGGAGGCUGCCAGAUCCAGUUCACGGUGGCGAUCGACUUCACGGCGUCAAACGGGGACCCGAGGAACAGCUGCUCGCUUCACUACAUCCACCCGUUUCAGCCCAACGAGUAUCUGAAGGCCCUGGUGUCUGUGGGGGAAAUCUGCCAGGACUACGACAGUGACAAGAUGUUUCCUGCUUUUGGAUUCGGAGCCAAGAUCCCCCCAGAUUAUAAGGUCUCUCAUGAUUUUCCACUGAACUUUAAUGAGGAGAACCCCGAGUGUGCAGGGAUUCAGGGUCUGGUUCAGGCGUAUCAGUCCAUUUUGCCGAAGCUUCAGCUCUAUGGUCCGACCAACAUUUCCCCGAUCAUCCAGAAGGUGGCGCUCACCGCCUCCCAGGAGCAGCACACCAAGGAGGCCAUGCAGUACUUCAUCGUGCUGGUCCUGACGGACGGCGUGGUCACAGACAUGGCGGACACUCGCGAGGCCAUCGUGCAGGCGGCGCACCUGCCCAUGUCCGUGAUCAUCGUGGGCGUCGGCUCGGCCGACUUCAGCGACAUGCAGCUCCUCCUGCGCGCCACCAGGGGUCAGUCUGUGUGCAGAGACAUCGUCCAGUUUGUGCCCUUCAGGAACUUCAAACACGCGUCUCCGUCGGCGUUGGCGAAGUCGGUUUUGGCUGAAAUCCCAAAUCAGAUCAUGGAGUAUUACAACAGCCGAGGAAUCAAACCCAAGACCCACCGGAGCACCAGACCCUUCUAGACCAAGACCAGGACUAGACCAGGACUAGACCAGGACCAGACCAGGACUAGACCAGGACUAACCCAAGACCCUGAAGACCAUCAGG